UUUUCUUCCGCCCGUGGAGAUUGAUCAAGUGCACCUGGAUUUGGUACGACGCUGCCUUACAAUGUCGAUCGAAUCCCGUCCUUCCAUCGAGAAGGUUCUUUACUCGGUAUUAGUCCAGCGUUUCGGGUGAGUUAUCUUGCUUUGUCUGCACUGCUGUUGAAUCCAUCGUUUGCAGUGCCGCUGAUCUUACAAAGUCGGUCACGCGCCUCAACAAUGACCCCCAGGCCCGUGGAGGAUUUGCAAAUGUUCACAAUGCAGCCUUGGUCUAACAACCGUCGAUGCGAGUGUCCGGCGAACAAUUUCACACUACGGGUUACCCUCUACAACAACUUCAGUGAACGUCGCAGUCAAGGACAUACGAACGACGGAUCAUGCAGCAGACAUGAAAGCCAUCGACCGAUUGUUCCAAGAGAUCCGCUUAUGGUUGAAACUUAAGCAUGACAAUAUUGUUCCUCUCUGGGGGGUUACAGAUGGCGCUGGCUCGGUCCCAGCGCUUGUCUCACCAUGGUUAGAAAAUGGCGCUCUGACAGGAUUUCUUCAAUGGAAGCACGAGACUCUUUCCUCCAGCGAAAAGAUUGCACUGCUCAGGGACGUGGCUCGUGGGCUUCAAUAUCUCCAUUCGAAGUCAAUUGUCCACGGAGACUUAAGUGGCAAUAAUGUUCUCAUAGACACAAAUGGCAAAGCACUACUCACGGACUUUGGUCUCUCUGUCCUCCUUUCUGAGAGAUCAGAUCAAGUGUUAUUGCCCAAACCCGGAGGGAGCGCACGCUGGAUGGCGCCCGAAUCUUUAGGGCUCGGUGAUGAAGGCCAUGGGUCACCAGUAUUUUCUACAGCAAGCGAUGUGUACUCUUUUGGAAGGAUAAUGCUCCAAGUCUUGGAGGGCAGGGUCCCAUACCAUUACAUCGCAAGAUAUGAAGUUAUUAUUUCUCUCGUAUUACUAGGGAACCACCCCAGGAGGCCGCCCGCAUCUGUUAUAAGUGACGCUGAAUGGACUUUCAUCCAGAUGUGUUGGUUGGAAGACAUGGUCAGACGGCCGAGGGCCGACGAAAUCGUUGCAUUUGUAGAAGGAAGAAAAUUAUAGUCAAUCUUGGUCUAUUUUUCUUCGUCCACUAUAGAUAGGAAUCUCGAGGACGUCACGUCGAUAGCCAAUAUGGGCGGCGUUAUACCAGCGUUAUCAUGGUCAUGCACCUAUCAUGCACCAAAACACAGAUACUAUAGGCAUUGGGCUGAGGACACAACAAAAGCACCACCAUGAAUCAA